UAGACAGUGUGUUUAAUGAGGUUUCCUUGUAUGCGAAUAUAAGAUAAGGGUUUUUUUUCCCCAUAUCGGUUGGGGGGAAAAAAACCUCGUCUUGUAUUCAUGCCCUCAAAUGCCAAAUCCUAAAGGUCCUAGGAAAUACAGUGCCUCUGCCCUUUGUCUAUAAUUGGCUUGGGAGCUCUGAUAUCUUGACGUCAUGCUUCCAUUGGAAUUGUACUACUAAGACUUUUCUUGGUGUUAACUGCCAUGUAUUGAAACAAGUUUACCCAGAGUUGUGAAGGGAAAUAUAACACAGCGUAGUCCCUUCCCUAUUUCUCUUUAGAUCCUGAACCAAUGGAUCUUAAUCCUUCAUUGGUAAGGAUAAAAGUGGCCCUUGGUUUUUAUACUUUCUCUUAAAGUGAGAAAAGUGUAUCCAGUGUCAGGUUGCUGUGUGCCCAUAUCUUAAGCUGAUUCAUUGUAAUAGGAAGCUUUUUUGUUCAUUAAAAUGAGAUGGAGUGAAUGGCUUUCCUUGGCUUAAGGAGGCUGACAGUUGCAAUGAUGUACCUGCAAAGCUGACUAACAGUUUUUGAGCUCAGUAAAGUUUGGUCUUGCAGCAGUAGCUGUUCAUCCUCUCAGCUACCUAUUAAUUUUUGGUCUGUUUAGCAUGGGCAAAGAAAUUCUCCUGAAACAAGCAUUUUAAAAUACAUUUAUUUCUGGUGAAAGGUGCCAGCUUGACAGCCAUGGAAACUGAAGCUCUGUAUUGGCAGAACAUAUGUAAUAUGGGCAGCAGUAUUGCUCAGUAGCAACUUCCUUAUUGAUUAAGUGGCACUGAUGAAUUACCAAGGGAGUUCUCUCCAGUUGUUCUAGACGUCUUAGGAGAAGAAGAAAAAUCAUGUGAAGUAACAGAAUUUAGUAUCUUCCAAGACAGCGAUGGCUUUUUCUCUAAAUUUUGAAUAUGGAAGCCACAGGAACAGAUGAAGUAGAAAAGCUAAAAUCAAAGUUUAUGUCUGCAUGGCAUAACAUGAAAUACAGUUGGGUAUUGAAAACAAAAACUUAUUUUAGUAGAAAUUCUCCAGUGUUCUUGCUGGGAAAAUGUUAUCAUUUCAAAUCUGAUGAACCCAGUGAAGCUUUUCCAGAUGGCUCUAGUUGUGAUACUUUCAACAAAGCAAGUUCAGGAAAUGUAGAAGAGUUUCGUAAAGACUUUAUUUCUAGAAUAUGGCUAACCUACAGAGAAGAAUUUCCUCAGAUACAGGGAUCUGCAUUGACAACAGACUGUGGUUGGGGCUGUACACUGAGAACUGGCCAGAUGCUGCUGGCUCAAGGGCUUAUGCUUCAUUUUCUAGGUAGAGCCUGGACCUGGCCAGAUGCAUUGGACAUAGAAAAUAUAGACUCUGAAUCAUGGACAAGCCACACAGUAAAAAAGCUGACUGCAUCAUUCGAGGCAUCACUUACAGGAGAGAAGGAACCCAAGGUCCUGUCAACUCAUCAUGAGGGAUCACUAAAGAGAAACCGUGAUGAAAGUGAAAUGAGAGAUGAAGUUUAUCAUAGAAAAAUAAUUUCUUGGUUUGGAGAUUCUCCACCAGCAUCUUUUGGCUUGCAUCAGCUGAUAGAAUAUGGAAAGAAGUCAGGAAAAAUAGCUGGAGACUGGUAUGGGCCUGCUGUUGUAGCACACAUUUUAAGAAAAGCUGUUGAAGAAGCAGGAGACCCUGAGUUACAAGGAAUAACUGUCUAUGUUGCUCAGGACUGUACAGUUUACAAUUCGGAUGUUGUUGAUAAGCAGUGCUCUUUUAUGGGCUCUAGUACUGGAGAUACAAAAGCUGUAAUUAUAUUAGUUCCUGUACGACUUGGUGGAGAGAGAACAAACAUGGACUACUUAGAGUUUGUAAAGGGAAUUUUAAGCCUUGAAUACUGUGUUGGUAUUAUUGGUGGCAAGCCUAAGCAGUCAUAUUACUUUGCUGGAUUUCAAGAUGACAGUUUGAUUUACAUGGAUCCUCAUUACUGCCAAUCUUUUGUAGAUGUCAGCAUAAAGGAUUUCCCUCUUGAGUCAUUCCACUGUCCUUCCCCCAAAAAGAUGUCAUACAAAAAAAUGGAUCCUAGCUGUACAAUAGGAUUUUAUUGUAGAAAUGUGCAAGACUUUGAAAGGGUUUCUGAAGAAAUAACUAAGAUGCUGCAGUCUUCAUCCAAGGAGAAGUAUCCCUUAUUUACUUUUGUAAAGGGUCAUUCUAGAGACUGUGACUUUGCUUCCAGUCCACUCCAUGAAGAAAAUGACCUUUUCUUUGAGGAUGAAAAGAAAAGAUUAAAAAGAUUUAGUACAGAGGAGUUUGUCUUGCUUUAAGGACACUUUAUACUAGUGUAUUGGCAGCUGUCCAGGGGAACACUUGCCCAUUUAAAAAAAGAAAAACACCAAACAGAGAGCAGGCAACACUGAAACUGGUCUGUUUCAUAGACAAUAAUGUUUUAUAUGUUAAUGAUCUUUAAAAUGUCAUUUAUAAAUAUGUACCAGCUAAUUAUUUUUAUUCAUUGCUAUUUGAGUGAAUAUAAGGUUACUUUAUGCUACGGAUGACAGCAUUGUUUAGAGUUGGGUCCAAUGUAAUGUGGAGAGGUGGUGGACAAAGCUGUGUUGUGUGCUCAGUCCUCACUUGUCACUUCCACCAUAUAUUUAUCCAGUCUUAGGUCAAUUGUGAAAAGAUGCUGCAAUUAAUGUGGUGGUUUUGUGAUGGAGAUGCAUGAAACUACCACAUCAAUUUCUCUUUCAAGCAAAAUUUUAAUCUAGUGCUUUUGGAGUGAUAUUAGUGCGCUAACCUGUUUUAUGGCCUCUAAGCCCCACUAAUGGUUAAUAAUGUAAUCCUGAGAUAACUCUUUUGCACUACCCUGUUUGAGAUGUAACUUUGAUAUAUCAAUAGUAAUUGUUAUCUGCAAUAGUGAUGCAAUUAUAUAAGCAGAAUUGUGAGUUAAGGUACUACUUAGCAGCCUGAUUUUAUAAUGACUACUCAUUAAGCUUGCUGUUGAACCUUAAUUCGAGGAGUGAAGAAUAACGUAUUAGCU